ACAAUGCAUACUCUUUUAGUAUGGGCCCAGUUACAUUAUCUGACAUGGACUGCCCCAAGUUUAGGUUCACGAUGACAGGCAUGGAGGAGUUCAGUCUGGUGUUUGAUAAACACACCCAAGGCAUCCAGAAGGCCACUCUUGCCAGUCAUGACCGUAUGACAUCAUUGAUCGGCCACUUGAAAAAGCUAGAACUGGGAAAUCGUUACAUGGUCAUGUCUGUUGUGUACAGAUGUGGAUUUGGGAGAACUGUCAGUGUCUGGAAAGCCACACUGUUGUUUAUGUAUGAGCAAGACAUACAAUUGGAAAGCUCCACUUUAGUGACUGAUGGAAAAAUCCGAGCUAAACUGUGCCUAAGGGGGGUGCCUAAAGAUGUCAGCAAGGACUUCAUUCAUCUCCUGUUCCCAGAGACCAUUAAUGUUUGUACAGUUCAAGGGCCGCUAGGUGAAAGGUCUGUCAUACUUGGAUUCUCCCAUGAGAAGAUCGUUGAAGAAAUUAUUUCUUGCUAUGACUUGUUGAUUAUCUGUGGCUCUCAGAUAACCAUCUCUCGUGUUGAUGGCCAAGAAACUCAGCAGUGCUUGCUACCAGAUGGCAGUGAGGAAUCUAAGGCUAUCCCUGUUGAAGAUAAUCAAAAUGGAAAAGGAAAAGUACUUGAAAUAUGUGCCAAUGAGAGUUUUGUGGAAGAAAUUCAACAAAAAGAUCUACAGUUACAAGCUGGUAAGAUUGUGGUUCAGGAUUCCGAUAAGAUUGAAGACAGCAAACAGGAGCAGAUUUUACAGAAGGAUCAUGAAGCAGCGACUCUGUCAGAAGGUUCAGUCAUGUCUCAGGAGCAAGGAAAGAAUGACAGCAGUACUAAAGAAAGUCAAUCAGCAGACAGUAUAGAUACAUUUGCUGGGGACAUUUUGACUGCUUCGGCAGUCAUCUUGACUGAGAUAACAGCUGACAGCACUGCAGCAAGUGACAAGUUGCUUGGUGAGAAUGUUGAAGAUACUAGCGGAAAGAUCCAAUCUGAUGAAGUGACUGUGGUGUUGGGCUUAGAACAAGGACUAGAGGAAGCUGUCAGGGCUUGUUCACCUGAAAAUUCAACAUGCUUGGAUGGAGGGAGUGUUGAUCUCCGGUCAGAGGGUUCUCUAGGUGGCAUUGCAUUGCUUGAAGCAGCUAGUGAUGAAGCUAGCAAGCAAAAUACUACAGAGCCUGCCAUGCUUGAAGUUGCUGACAAUUUGGGUGAAAUGGCUGUAGAUAAUCCCUCAGAUGGUGCUGAACAAUUAGGUAAGACUGCCGACGAUGGCAGCAGUAAGCAAGAAUCUGACAGGCAGGAUAGUGAAGGUCCUGAAGAAGCACCAUCAGAUACCAUUGCAGAUGUGACUUUGACUGAUGCUGCAGCAGACGGUGGUGAAAGAAAGAUUGAUGAAGAAACCACAGAUAAGUCCAGAAAUGUGAAUGCAGAAGAAGAAGGGGCAAAUAAAGAAAAGCUGGAUAAAACCUUUGAAGACAUCAGCGAUGAUGAGACCGGUAAUCAGAGUAAAAAUGAUGACUUUGAUGAUGUUGUGAUUUUGAAACAGGAAUCACCAGAGUGGGAGGUCACAGAAAUAGAUUUAACUGUUGAGGAGUCAGAUGCUUCGGGAAAGGUGACUGAAAAUGUGAUACCUCCUACACAAGAGAAAGUUGUACAGUCUAGCAGUAAGACUGAAGAACUGCAUGACAGUAUUGUUAAGAAAGGGUCAGAUGGAGCAGAAGUGAAAAAUGUGGAUCCUAAGCUAGUCAUGACUGAUGGGGAUUUAGAGAUAUCCAUGGAGGUCAUUGAUGUUAACGAAGGUGAACAGCAAACAGAGAAAGUGAUCUAUGCUCGAACUUAUCGGCAGUCCCCUGACAGGUCCAGGGAACGAAGAUCGUGGGAUGCUAGAAAUUAUAAGACCACUCCUUAUACUCCACAACCGUGGAAGGAAAACCAGUGGUCUGAUGCCAGCAGAACAGGUGCUUAUUAUAGUUCUCAUGAGCCGUACAAGCCAUACUAUCCACCAAAGGAAAGUUCUUACAAGAUGCAUUACUACCCUGUGCCAGCUCCGGAUGAGGUAUCUUAUUACAGAGCACCAGUUCGAGAAUCCACUUCUUACAGGAGGGAUCCUUAUUAUUACAAACAGAAAAGCCACAGAAACAGUUCCCCAUCACCAAGAAGAGAGAUGAAUCUGCAUAGACAUUCCGGUUCCCGUGAUCAUCGCCCCAGUGACCACUGGGACAGCAGGCGCUAUGACUCCUGGCAUCCUAGCUCGUAUGAAGAUUCCAAAAAACAGGAAUCUUACCCUCGACCCCCGGCUGAGUAUAGUAGCAGGCAAGCAUACUGGCAGGCCCACAGCACCACACAUCAUUCACCUCCUCCAACACUCGAGGCUUCACAUUCUUCUGCUAGACCUAGGGAUCACUACACUCGUGGUGGUAGCAGAGGUCCUUACGAAAGUGACCGCAAACGAAAGUCAAGGAAAUCUAGAUCUCGGUCUCUCUCUGAUAUGUCGAUGUCUUCAGCUGAGCUGCCCUCGCCAGUGCGUAAGCCAUCAUACAGACGAGAAAGCCCAAAGCGACCGGCUGCCCAUACUUCACGGAGUCCAAUCUCUGUGUCGUCCCGAUCUCGUUCUUUAAGCCCGGUUUCCAAAUCUCCCAGCUUGGAAUACGCCCAGCCGGGAACCGGAAAAGACAAGUUAGUAAAAACUGUGAAGCAUUUUUUGGAGUUGGCUAAAGGGAUCAAGCAAGCUCAUCGAAGGCAGUCAAAUCGUUCGCCGAGUCCUAAAUCACCCCCUUUAAGGAGAUCCAAAAGUCCACAGCACUCGAGACACAGGAGCCCUUCUGUGUCCAGUAGUACUCUGCGAAGAGCACUUCACAGUCCUCGGCAUACAGAAUCUCGCAGACUGCGUUCGAAGAGCCCACAUCAGUUGUAUGCCAGAAAGUCACGUAGCCCCGUUUACUCUAAAAGUCACAAGCGCAGGUAUGACAGGUCUUCAAGUGGAUCCUCCCAUGGGGAUGACUAUAAGCGACGUUACAAAGAACGAUAUUCGGAUAAAAGAACAGGUUCUUAUCACAGGCAGAGUCCAGAUCGUCGUCAUGAGUCGAGAAAGGCACAGAAAACAGAAAUUUCCCAUACUGCAAGUGACCAGAGUGGUAAAGCCAAGUCUGGACAAUGGUCAGAUUCAAAAUACAAGAGCAGUAAUGCUCAGUCUUGGCAGCAACCAUAUGGAAGCUAUCCAGUAGCACCGAGCUCUGGCCCUGUGGCCACCAGUGCUGUGUACAACCCAACCUACCCUCCUCCUGGAUGUCCCCCACAGCCCCCGACCAACGUAUACUCCAGCAGCUCUGUGCCGGUGUACCCCUACACUAGCCCAUCUCAGUUCUACUCCAACAUCCCACCUCCUUACCUUCAUGUCCCCCCGCCUGCUCCUGUUGCUCAAACUUACCAGUCACCAGGAUACACAGUUUAUCAGCCGGGACAGCCAUAUGCUCCCUUGCAAGCAGGCUCUUCCAGUAGUAUGAACCUGAAUGCCAGCAAUGCAUCGUCCAAAACCAAGUCAUGGUCUAUGGGAAACAGUGCCAUGGUCUUCCAGCGUGUGCUUGGCACCGAUAAAAAGGGUGGCAAAGCAAACAAAAGUGGUGUCAUAUCGAAAAUUGAGGAUCGCAAACGUUUGGAGCGACCGAAAGUCACCAAAACUGAACGUGUCCUGACAACGGUUCAGAUGGAGAAGAAAUAA